AUGUCGAACGGAAAGACCUUCACCUUGAGCAACAACGUCAAGAUUCCUGGCGUCGGCUUCGGUACCUUCGCCAGUGAGGGCUCCAAGGGCGAGACCUACACUGCCGUCACCACUGCUCUGAAGACCGGCUACCGCCACCUCGACUGUGCCUGGUACUACCUCAACGAGGACGAGGUUGGUGAUGGUAUCCGCGACUUCCUGAAGGAGAACCCCUCCGUCAAGCGUGAGGACAUCUUCGUCUGCACCAAGGUGUGGAACCACCUGCACCGCUACGAGGAUGUCCUCUGGUCUGUCGAGGACUCUCUGAAGCGCCUCAAGCUGGACUACGUCGACCUCUUCCUGGUCCACUGGCCCAUUGCUGCCGAGAAGGACGGCCAGGAGAAGCCCAAGCUGGGCCCCGAUGGCAAGUACGUCAUCCUCAAGGACCUCACCGAGAACCCCGAGCCCACCUGGCGCGCCAUGGAGAAGCUGUACGAGGACGGCAAGGCCAAGUCCAUUGGUGUUUCCAAUUGGACCAUCCCCGACCUUGAGAAGAUGGCCAAGUUCGCCAAGGUGAUGCCUCACGCCAACCAGAUCGAGAUCCACCCCUUCCUCCCCAACGAGGAGCUGGUGCAAUACUGCUUCUCCAAGAACAUCAUGCCUGUGGCCUAUUCUCCUCUGGGUUCCCAGAACCAGGUCCCCACCACCGGCGAGCGUGUUAGCGAGAACAAGACUCUGAAUGAGAUCGCCGAGAAGGGCGGCAACACCCUCGCCCAGGUGCUCAUUGCCUGGGGUCUGCGCCGCGGCUACGUUGUGCUCCCCAAGAGCUCCAACCCCAAGCGUAUCGAGUCCAACUUCAAGAGCGUUGAGCUCUCCGAUGCCGACUUCGCCGCCAUCAACGCCGUGGCUGCCGGCCGCCACUUCCGCUUCGUCAACAUGAAGGACACCUUCGGCUACGACGUGUGGCCCGAGGAGACUGCCAAGAACCUGUCUGCUUAA